AACGGGGCGGCGCAGGCAGGAGGCAACGGCUGGAUGCGGGUUUCUCUCGUCCUGGCCCCGCGCGGCCCCGCCGAGGCGGCGACCAAGGUGGGUGCGGGGCCCAGGCCCGGGCCCAGGACACGCGAGGACUCUCGGGAGCCGUGGGCCAGGCGCUUAGCCGGCCACCUCGGGCCCUGUCCAGGCUCAGGCGGUCCAGGGCUGCCCUGCGGGCCGCGUGCGAGAGGGACUCUCGGGAGGCCCCGGGGCGCCGCACCCACUCCUUCCCACUUGGGCCUCCCGCGGGCGCCCGGCUCUCGUUCCUCUGGCCAGCGUGGGCCUCCCAGGCCCCCUCGCGGCUCUCUCCAAAGCAGGAGCCCCACCUUGGGCCGCCCGUCUCACACCUGCCGUGGGUCCGGUACGCGCACCUGUGUUGGACUCCGCGCCCGCGCGCGUGGGAGGAAGCCAGGACUCCCGGGCGACCGGGCCGUGCCUGUGGUUUGUGUCAGUUCCACAGCAGCACGUGAGCACUUUGCACCGUCAGCCACUGGGCAGCCUGGGGCACUCCUGCAGCGUCCCCAGGGCAGGUGAAGGCUGGGCAGUCCUGGGCAGCCAGCACCCCGGCGUGCAUGUCUCCUGAGCAGCUGCCCAUCGGGCCUCUGCUGGCCUGGCGGCUCCAAGAUGCAAGGCCGGCGGGAGCUGUGGGGAGAGCCUUUGAGUGACCUCCAGGAGGAAGCAGCCAGCGCUUCCCUCCGAGUGGCACCUGAGAGGCUGAGUGAUGACAGUUUGGAAUGGAGACGGACCUGCCCCGACCUUCUCCUGUCCGAUGGGAAAGCCAGCAUCUCCAUGCCCCGUGAGGGCGGUUCCACCUGCACUACCCGAUGUCCUGACCCUGGGGAACACAGCAGCACUUGGGGGGAGUUUGAAGGCUUUCGGGAAUCUUCAGCCAAGUCUGGACAAUUGUCACAGUCCCUUGAACUCCUGGAGAGACCCACAGAAUCCCAGCCACCGAGAACCACUUCUGCCCCAAAAGAGUGCAGUUUUCACCAACCAUGCCAGGGUGGACCUUGGGUGACAGGAACUUCUGCCGUCCCACCUUCUGAGCCCAUUCUCAGCUAUGAGAAGAUUUUAAAGUGUGCUUUUCAAGAAAUAACAGUCCAGCAGGCAGCUGAAGACGUUUCCACCAUAGGCCAUUUCCUAGAAAUAAGCAGUGAAGAAAAACCUGGCCUUGAAUGUAUACAUAAAUUGUGUAAUGAAUCCAGAAAACUCUGGAGAGCCCUUCAGAGCAUACACACCGUGUCUGCUUCUCAGCACCUCUGGAGCCAGUCCUAUUGCCAGGAGAACUUCUUUCUUGUUCUCGGAAUAGAUGCUGCGCAGAAGGACCUUUCUGGAGGCCAGGGCCACAUCAUGGAAGACUGUGACCUCAAAGAGCCUGAAGGACUCCUCACUGUCAGCAGCUUCUGUCUCCAGCAUUGCAAAGCCCUGAUCCAGACCAAGCUCUCGGGGCCGCCUGGCAGCAGACAGGGGAGGCUGAUGACAUGCAGCCGCUUCCUGAAGACCCCCUCAUGCGGAGGUGGCCAGCACAUCACUAUUCCAAGGAAAAAGAUAUUCACUUCACACAAGCUCAAACUGACACUCUUCAACAGCGAUGUUUGCUGAGAUCAGGAGUACUUUGUGCCUUUAUGAGGAAUUUCUCAUUUUCUUCCUGGCUGGGUGGAUGUGGAAAGCAGAACUGUCUGUGGAGCUGUUUUCCAGACCCCAGGCCCGUUCCUGGGGUCUCUCCAACAGGACCUGUCCUGUGCUCCGGGCUCGUCUCGGGUCUGACCAGGAGAUGGAGGAUGUGUCCUUGGCAGAGCCAAGGGGAGACAGAGGUUUCUGGGUGCCAUGGCAGGCUGUCAGGGUCCAGGUGGCACCCAUGGGCCCCCUGCCUCAUGUGAAUGCUGCUGGCACCUGGUGGGGGUGCCCAGGGAUGGACCCUGGGCAUGGCUUCUGGGCUGCUUAGUCCAGGGGGAACAACUUGUGGUCAAAUCCAUGAGCUCAGAGGAAAAGGGGAAGGCACUGAAACGUCACCAGAGAGACAGCUGUUGAGACUGCUCAGAAACCCUCUAUCUGUCACACUCUGCCCUGGCUGCUGUGUGGUCAGGGCACCAUGAGGGCGUGCAGAUGUGCUGUUUCCUCAAAGCCUCGCAGGUGCCUCACUGCCUGGGCCCCAUGCCCAGCAGCCUCAAGGACAGGCCUUUCUUCCUCAUGGUUGUGGCCAGGAGGUCGCACCACUGGCCUGCGAGAGCUUCUGGUGGGCCCGUGGUUUCCCCUAAUUAUCUGCUAAGGAAAACUGUGCUCUUCGAAGGGCAGAGCCAAGAAGUCAGCCCUGACUUUUGUAAAAUUUUAUUAAAUAAAACUGCCUAGAUAA